GUCUAAGCGUGCCGAACGUGGCCGAGGGUGCUGGGGAGUCCGGGUGCCGGCGCGUGGAGCUUGCGUCGGGGCUGCCCGGGAGUCGGGGAGCAGCCGGGAGCAGGGGCUGAGAGCCCGCGUAUGGGAGCGCGCGGAGCCGGGCGGAGCGCCGAGGGGCCCGACGGGUCGCGGGGAGGAGGGAUGCGUGCCGGGAACUUUUUGCCCGCCCUGGAACUGCGAACGAUCGCGCCCGCAGGGGCUCCUUGCGGCCGCCGGGCGACCGGCAGAAGCGUGUGUGCCCGCCGCCGCCCCUCCCCCACUUCCGCCUCCCGCCGCUUCCUCGUUCCCGGCUCCCAGGGCCAGUCCGUCCCGGGGGAGACCCGGAGGCGCGGCCCCACCCCGGCCGGCGCUGCCCGGUACCACGCCCCCACCGCCGUCGCGCCGCAGCGGACAGCCUGAGUCAGCGGGGGCUCUGGGCGCGGCAGGAGCUGACAUGGACCCAAAUCCGCGGGCAGCCCUGGAGCGCCAGCAGCUCCGCCUUCGGGAGCGGCAGAAAUUCUUUGAGGACAUUUUACAGCCUGAGACAGAGUUUGUCUUCCCCCUGUCCCACCUGCAUCUCGAGUCGCACAGACCCCCCAUAGGUAGUAUCUCAUCCAUGGAGGUGAAUGUGGACACACUUGAGCAAGUGGAACUUAUCGACCUUGGGGAUCAGGACGGAGCUGACGUGUUCUUGCCUUGCGAAGAUCCUCCACCGACCCCCCAGACAUCUGGGGUGGACGACCGUCCCGAGGAGCCGAGCCUGCCAAUGCCCACGGCAGACAGGACCACAUCCCGCACUUUCUCCUCGUCCUCUGACCCCUCCACCAAUCCGCACAGCCCGGAUGUCAGUGAUGGCGGAGCAGACACGCCCUUGGCACAGUCUGACGAGGAGGAGGAUGGGGGAGAUGGCGGGGCAGAGCCUGGAGCCUGCAGCUAGCAGUGGGCCCCCACCUACAGACUGAUUGAGCUGCCUAUUCUCCACUUGAGACCGCAGGCCCAGCCAGAGCGCUUCAGAGAAGACCAGACUCUUUACCUGCAGUAGGCACCAGAGGGGGGAAAGGACGGUGGGUGGUGUACCUUUCUGGGAAUUAACCCGCUCCUGCUUUACUGCUAACCUUUCCCUGCUGCAACCUCCCUGCCAGGUUUUGGCUUACUCCUGAGGUAGGGCCUGCAAGUGAGGAGAUGGAAGAUGAGAUAGGACAAGAUGCCACUGCCUUUCUUAGCACUCUUCCCUCCUCCAAACUAUCCUGCAGUCUCCUGAUAGCGUCUCCUAAACCAGUGUCUCUAAAUGGACGUGAACUCCUUAACACUCCCAGUGAGAUGGUACUCCAGCCAUCCUGCUUCCUUACAUCCUUUUCGGAACAGGGCACGGUAUGAAUAUUAUUCAUAUGAUUCAUAUUCAUAUUCACGGUAUGAAUAUUAUGAACAUACUGAAAAUAAUAAACAGAUAAUAAUAUGCCAACCAUUCCACUUCAUCUGUUCACAUUGUACAGAUAUCAAACCCAAUACAUUUCUUUAGCUCUCUAACCAAUACCAUAUUCCCAUGACUCAUUUACUCCAUGUAUUCAAGUCUUUAUUUGGAAUUAGCUGCAGAUUUGGAAUACAGUUUUGAACAAGACAGGCUGCCUGCCUUCAUGGAGGAGAAAAUCAAGUCAACACCACAGUUCGCAGCGUAAUAAGUAGCAUGCCGAGGAACUGUUCUGUUACCAGAAAAUGGGCAUCUUAACCUGGUUUUUAUGGUCGUUGAAGAGGUGACUUUUAAGCUGGGUUGCCGAGGAUGAGGAGGAGUUAGCCAGGUGGGGCUGUAACCCAGGCAGAAAGAGCAGCUUGGAAAGACUUUAAAUGGAGAGAAAAGUCCCGAGGAACUGAAAAACAUUCAGCUUGACUGAAUUGUUGAAUUUGAGCAGAUGAAGGGAGAGGCAAGAUUGACAAAGGUCAGGUCGUGAAACGCUUUGAAGCCUGUAUCAAGUUUCAGUUUGCUAGUAAAAUAUCAGUGACUUAAGGUAUAAACCUGGUUUCUUCAUGUAAAGGAAGUCCAAAGCACAGGGCGAUGUGGUCGCUCCACGGUUAUUGGACACCAGGGUCCUUCUUGGCUCUUUUUGCGCAGCCAUCUAAGGCCCAUGGCUGGAAUUCUCAUUGAUACCUCAUGGCUGAAAUGGCUGUUGAGGCCCCAGCCAUCAUGUCUCUGAAGCUGGUAGAAAGAAGGAGAAGAGAUUAAGGAUGGGCAAAAAAGGCCCGGCCUGCUGCCAAGUCCCACCUCGACAAGCAUUUCUGGAAGUCCUAACCAAUGGCGUCCACUUACAUCUCAUUGGCCAGCACUUGGUAACCUGAGGGAUGUUUCAUUUACAGAUGUUUUAUAGACUUAGGGACACAACAUUAUCUAGAAGAAAGGAAAUUCUGGCGUUUGGAAAGACAAUAACCCUUCAAGUUUCAAUUACCAAUGCGUCUGAUUCCUAUACUUCCUGUCAGACCUCUCAGAAGCACCCUGGCUACUGCAGAGGCUGGGGUAGUCCUUUGGUAGGACACCCUGCUGUCUUGAUAAAAUCAGGGUUAUGUAACUGAGAAACAAGGGGACAGCAGUCAUUGGGUAGAUAACUAGCAGUUUACACGUUACGACUUUGAACUUUAUUGGGAGUAAUGAAGGAUUACAAGCGGUUGAUGUUGCUUCCUAAAAAGAUAAUUCUGGCUGCAGUGUAGAGAACAUACUGGAAGAGGACAGGCUCCAGACAGACGUAACACAGUAAUCCAGGCAAGAGACAACGGUGGCCUAGAAGGUAGUGGUGAUGAUUAGCUUAACUGGGUUGAGGCAGGGCAUGAGCAAAUAAAUGACAUUCAUUCAACAAUAUUAAAUGUCAGUGUUAACAUGUGUAAGAUACUGAGCUUGGCCUUGGGAAUGUGGUAGUGGCACAAAAAAAGAGUUCAGGGUCUAUUGGGGACCCAAAUGUAAAACUGCAACCAGGACUAGUGCUAGGAAGGAGGUAAUAGCCUAUUAAGAAAGGUCAAGGGGUGUUUGCCUGGAGGAAGUGGUUUUGAGCUGAGAUCUGAAAGUGGAGUAGGAGUAGUUUAGGGGGAGAAUGGGUGCAAGGACUCCUGGUAGAGAUGUACUGAUUGGAGGGGACCAGAAUGGAUGCCUGGAAGCCAGGAGAUGAUUGUAGCCACCUAGGUAAAAAUGGAAUAGGGUGGAGGUGGGGUGGUUGUAGAAAAGCGGAAGGAAUGGAGAGAUAUUGGGGAGGCAAAUUUCAAACUAUUUUCAUAGGUGGGUGUGAGAGAGGAAGGGCUCAGGGGUGCCAUCCUUGCUUCUGCCCUGUGCAGCAGGAUAAUUUGGAGGGUUCUUCAUCCAGAUGGGGAGUUUAGGAGAGCACUAGGUUUGGGGAAGCGGCCAUAAAUUGGGUUUUGGACAUGUUGAGUUCGAGUUGCUUUUGAGACCAAGAGGACAUUUUGAGUAGGCACUUGGACCCAUGAGAGUGGAAUUUAGAUCAGAGGAUUGGGCUGGAAAAUCAGUAGGUGGGUUAUCAGUGCAUAGGAGGUAAGUUUAGGAAUGGGUGCAAGUGAGCUUGCCCAGGGAGAGACUGGAAUAAAAGGAGGGUUAUAGGACCUAGCCUUAAGGAACAUCAAGUCAUUUUUCAUAUUAGAAAAAAUAAAUCAUUCCACCUCCCUUCAUACAUCAAACCAUCCAUGGAGUCAGUGACCUUCGGCCUAAAUCCCAAAGCUCUUUGUACCAUCCAGGCUGAGUGACAGGGGUGCAGUCUUCCCAAUAGCCCCAUUUUGCUUCCACCCCUGUAGGAGGCCAUUGUAAGUGACAGUUCUUAAGUGCUUUUCCUAGCGCUACUGAAAAACUUGUGGGAGUUCUGUGUUCCUGUUGUCUAAAAGUGUCUGUGUCCAAGUUGCGAUCAUCCACUAAGCUGGGCCAGGGCCCAGCCUCAUGUUAAAUUUUGUGGUUUUUCUGGGUUGCCGAUGACUUUGCUGCACACAGAAGACAUGGUCUCUGUCCUCUUGUUCUUUGUCCCUUCCUUUGGAGUAGCGAGGCUCAGCCUCCUGUCUGACUGCGGCUGAGCCUUCUCCUGGGGUGCACCCCAUAAUAUCCACAGCUCAGCUCUGAGGGCUUCUCAGCUCCUGGGAUCUCCCCAUUCUCCUCCAAGGUGAAUGAUGGGAAGCUAGCCUAGCUUGGUUGCUGUCAACAUGUCAACAACCCCAGGCACACAAUGCUAAGAUCUGUGGGGUCUGGGGCAGGGAGCCUGUCCGGGGAGAGGGAUCUGCAGCCCUCUGGAGAGGUGGAAUUGUUUGUGAGCCUACGGGGAGCCUCCAGUUCAGCUGCUAUGAGCCCCAGCCCUGCCUGGGAAAAUCUAGGGUCAGCUGAGACCCCAGGACCACUUCCUGUUUGGACAAUGACCUCUUCUUCUGCCAAACCACAGGGGCUUGGCUGGCCUUCAGAGCCAGAGCCAGUAUCUCCAGCUGACUGUUUUAUUUGAGGCCACACAGGGCCCUUGGAGAUGGGGGAUGAUUUGGCUCCAACUCCGAGGCAAGCAGCCCAGCUAUCAGUCUCCAAGCCACAGUGUGGUGUCUUCUGUCCAUUGCAUAGACUUGUCAUAGACUCUGGAGAGGAGGGAAGAAGACAGACUCCUCCUGUAGAAUCCUGUGCUGUGGAGGAAAUAGGAGGGACCACAUCUCAGGGGAGGAUUCCCAGGACGGCUCACGCUUUAGCAGUCCCCAGGGGUGCACAGAACUUGAUACUGUGAACAGUACGGGGGUGUGGGGACAACGUGGAACGGUGUUAUGAUGUUUUGUUGUUUGUUCAUUCAGACAUUACUGAGCCCCCACCAUGUGCUAGCCUCCUUGCUUACGCAACAGAAACACUAAGGUGGCCAAGAGCUCUUCCAGGAAGAGACAUGGCCACAGAUAAUGGAACUAUAAUGUGGGCUGUAGCACACUAGAGAGGGAGAAGGCAAGUCUUCUCUGGGGGUGGCUGGGUCUUGAGUGAUGGGGACAGGCAAUUUCAAAAGGAAACAAAGCAUAGAAGUACACGGUAAUCGUAAUCAUAACAGCAACUCCCUUAAAAAAUUUGUUUUUGAAGUUGAUAGUGUGGACUCGAGUUCUGGCUCCAUCACUCACUGUGAUCUUAGGCAAUUAUCUCAGUUUCUGUACUCAGUUUACUCAUCUGUAAGAUGGAGAUAAUAGUGCCUGCCUCAUAGAGCUCUUUGAGUAAAGGUUAGUAGAGGCUAUUAAGCACUUACUACAUUCCAGAUUCUACGUGUACCUAAUUUCUGAUCCUUACAACAACCCUGAAAGCAGCUUUAUCCGUUUUACAGAGCAGGAAGAGUGGCACUCCGGUUGCUCAUGCUCAUAUGGAUUAAAGGCUGGUGUGGGGAUUUGAACCCACGUCUGUCUGACAUCUAAGCUCGUGGCCUUCCUUCUAUUCCAUGUCUAGUGGGGCAGGAACACUGGUUGUAAGUAGAAUGAGAGCAUAAUGAGACAAAGACGUCUUUUUGACACUUCCUCUCCAGUUGGUCAGGGGUAUAUCUAGGCAGACCUGGCAGACACCAAAUCUCUGGUUCUUCAGAGCCAGAUGGUUGUCAGUUUUACCAAAAGACUGUCUACAAAAUCCUUCAUGAAUGUGUACCCCAUUGGGCAGGUGGAAAAACCAAAGCAGGAAUUGCUUGGAACUCCUACAACUCAAGUCAGCACAAAAGGGGAGAGGUGGAAAAAGAUUUUAACAGAUCUUUCGCAAAAAAGAUAUGAAUGGCCAAGAAGCACAUGAAAAGCUGUUCAACAUCACUAGGUACCAAGGAAAUGCAAAUUAAAACCACAAUGAGAUACUACUACAAACACGCCCACGUGGCAAAAACGAAAAAGCCCCGCAAAUUAAAUGUUCACCAGGAUGUGGAGCAGUGGGGACUCUCAUACAUUGUUGGUACAAGUAUGAAAUGACACGUUUUGGAGAAAGAUCUAGCAGUUUCUUGUAAAAUUAAACAUAUACCUAUUCUUUGACCACUCCUAAAUAUUUACCUAAAAGAAAUGUAAGCAUAUGCCUACAAAUAAACUUGUAUAGCAGCCUAGCUCAUAAGAACUAAAAAGUUGAAAGAGCUCAGGUGUACAUGGACAGGAGAGCAGAUAAACUAUGGUAUAUUCAGACAAUGUAUGAAUACUACACAGAAAUGAAAAGACACACACUGCUGAUACAUGCAAGAACAUGAAUGAUUCUCCAAAACAUUCUUCCCAUGAAAGAAGCCUUUUACAAAAAAAGUACACAUACUAUAUGAUGAUUUCAUUUAUACGAAGCUCUAGAACAGAUUAAUCCAUUUUCUGGAGAAAAAUCAGAACAGUGGUUGCAUCUGGAAGGCAGGGGUCACAGACAUUGACUGGCAAGGGGCAUUAGCCAACUUUCAGGGAUUUUCCAAACAUAUCUUGACAAGAGUUACACAGGUGUAUCCAUUUGUUGAACUCAAUGAAUGUGCACUUCAGAGUUGAGCAUUUCAUUGUUUGUAAAUUUUACACCAAAAGAAAAAUGUAAACAACUAUGGAACUCUAGUUAAUGGUAUGCAUGCUGAACUAUUUAAGGGGAAGUGUCCUUAUGUCUGAAAUUUCUUUGAAAUGCAUCAAAACAUAAGAUGAAUUGGGGGAGAUAGAGGCUGAUAUGUGAUAAAACAAGUGCAGUAACAUGUUGAUAGUGGAAUCUAGGUGAUGGGGAUACAGAUGUUCAUUGUAACAGGUAUUCAUCCUUUCAACUUUGUUGUAUGUUUGAAAUUUUUCGUAAUAAAAGGGUGAGUUAUUUGA